GGAGAGAACACUUAUAUUUGUAAAUACGGACCUGCCAAUAGCAGCUUCAUAUCACACUAGACACUCUUAUUGCUCCAACUGUUGGCAAUAAAUUUACAGCGUUUUACUAAGGGGACUUAAGCAGAUGUCUAGCAGUCAAGCACUUGUUUGGUAGAUUUUUUUGCUUCAUAAGUAAAGAUAGGAAUGUUAAUAUAUACUAGACUGGGUAUCUUUGAAUAAUAGUUGUGCGUUAUUACUGUAAUGGAACAACUAUUGCACAGUUCAUAUUUGUUUUACUGACAGAUGGGAGAGAAGAAACAAAGCUAUGUGUUGAUGCAAAUAGUUGGUUAACUAGUUUGGGUAGUUUGAGAGUUGAAUAUAGAAACAAGCUUAUGCUAAUAAUUCAUUGAACUAAAAUGUCCACAUCUCAUACCCAAAUUCAGAUGGUUUAUGUUUUAGAUAUAUUUGACCGUCCUAUAUUUUAGGACAGAACUUUAUGCAAGUUCUUUCUCACCUAUUGAACGUCUCUGCUCUAUGACUAUUGUUCUUUAGGGUUGAUAGGAUGGCAAGAUUAAACAGGACCCAAAUAAGGAGAAGAAGAAAUGAAAUGACAAUCAUGGCGUUAUCCGCCUUCGUUAGUUCUACAUUGGCUGUGUUUCACCUCUACUUCUUCAUCACCUCCACAAAACGACGUCCAUGUCCACACUUGUCUCCUAAUCCGAACUUUUACCAGACCCAAGUAGAUAACCUCAAUCGGCUUAUGAGGGGUAAUGAAAGUGAUUGCUACGAUCAGUUGAGGGUGAAUAGACAUACGUUUAUGAGGUUGUGCUUUUUAGUCCGAGGUGUUGGAUUAGGGGAUUCACACUACGUAUGUCUUGAGGAGAGGGUUGCCAUUUUCUUGUGGAUCAUUUCACACCAUACAAAGCAGAGGUGUACGAAAUAUGAGUUUUGGAGAUCGGGUGAAACAGUAAGCAGGCAUUUCAAUGCCAUGCUUCAAGCCAUCUUGCGGCUUUACAACAUGCUCCUAGAAAAGCCCAAGCCUAUUCCUCCUAACUACCACGACAGUAGAUGGAGUUGGUUUCAGAAUUGUCUUGGGGCUUUGGAUGGGACAUACGUGCCAGUUAAUCCCCCGGCAGUUGACAAGCCACGGUAUAGGUCAAGGAAGGGUGAGAUCUCUACUAAUGUCUUAGGUGUUUGUACUCGGGAUCAAAAGUUCUCCUAUGUAUUGUCUGGUUGGGAAGGCUCGGCCACAGACUCUAGAAUUCUUCACAAUGCCAUUACAAGACCCACUGGCUUGAAAGUCCCGCAUGGACAUUACUACCUUGUGGAUGGUGGCUAUACAAAUGGGGAUGGUUUUCUAGCACCGUACCGUGGCCAACGGUAUCACAUUAACAUUUGGAGGCAAGGUGGCGUCCCGGCUACGAAAGAGGAGUACUUCAACAUGAAGCACUCCCAAGCUAGGAAUGUCAUUGAGAGAAGCUUUGGUGUUCUUAAGAUGCGAUUCACACUAUUGAAAUGUGCCUUCUAUUACCCCAAAAGGACUCAAUGUCGUAUUGUGACAGCUUGUUGCCUUGUCCGUAACCUCAUUAAGAGAGAGAUGUCGAACAAUCCUAUUGAGGCCGAGUAUACGCAAUGGGAGCAAGACAAUCUACAUAAUGUGGAGGUUGAUGACAACAUUGGUACCAUUGAGGCUUCCAAUGAAUGGACUGCGGGGAGGGAUGCAUUGGCUACCGCUAUGUUUAACAAUUGGUUAGGCAAUGGUGGGGGACUAGUGGAAAAUAUUUGAGACAUUUGUAUUAAUAAGUGUUUGAAGUAUUUGUAAUUGAACUUAGUAAUUGUUGUGUGGUAUGAUCUUGUAACUUUUAAUGCUUUUGUAUUGCGACAUCCAGCUUUCCUAGUUAAUCGAAGUCAUUAUUCAAUGUUAUACUCCUUUUAUAUACCUUGUACUACUUGAAUGCACUUGGCA